GAAGAAGAAGUUCGUCAGAUUUCCGAGGAGAGGAGAUCCCUGAUAGCGCAGAAUAGUGCUUUGGCGUAUAAAUUACGCAAGUCUGCUCAGCUCGUUUCGGAAAAUGAAUAUUUGGAUCAGGUCUUGCUUCGCGUGCAAACGAUCGUGAAGAGGAUCAAGCAUGAGCAUUUGAUGCUACGAUCGGAAAUGGAUCAGUUACUUCAGGCAAGUCGACCGCCCCGCCUCAUCUAG